CUGUCUCUACCCAGUCCACCUCCCACACACACACAAAAAAAAAAACAAGCAAGAUGGAGUUUUCUGCCCCUCUUAUCGAGAAAUGCUGGCCUUUAUUGUUAGCUGCAGUCCUCGGUAUCAUUACAAUGGAAGUGUUUAAGGCUCUUUUCAAGUCUAAAGAGGCUUACACUGUGGAUGUUGAUCCGAUGAAAGACUCGGAUGAACACGAUUUACCGAGGGACCCGCUUGGUAUUCGCGUCACAGGGGAAGAGGAGGUCAAUCAUAUUCCGUAUCCGUACUUUGACGAGAUUCCAACCGAAGAAGAGAUGAAAAAGAAGAGUGCUGAGUUUUAUAAGUCGAUGAAAAAAAGGAGAACAGUUCGUAAAAUUAGCUCAGAACCGGUUCCUUUGGAAGUUAUCGAGAAUAUUGUUCGCGUUGCUGGCACCUCCCCUAGUGGAGCGCACACGGAACCAUGGACUUAUGUCGUCAUCCGAGACCCUGACUUGAAGAAACAAAUCAAGGAAGUAGUUGAAGAAGAAGAACAGUUAAACUAUGCCCGACGCAUGGGUGAGAAAUGGGUGCAAGACCUGAGUAUUUUGAAGACAACCUGGUCCAAGCCAUACAUAGAAACUGCACCCUAUUUGAUAUUGAUCUUUAAGCAGGUGUAUGGUAUAAAGCCCGACGGGGAUAAGAAGGUGCACUACUACAAUGAAAUCAGUGUGUGCAUUUCAUGUGGUCUGUUGCUGGCUGCGAUUCAGAAUGCUGGACUGGUGACUGUUACCAGUACCCCUAUGAAUGCUGGUCCAAGACUACGCGUGCUGCUGAACAGGCCUCAGAAUGAGAAACUGAUCAUGCUGCUACCUGUUGGAUACCCAGCAAAGGAUGCUGAGGUCCCUAAUUUGACCAGGAAACCCCUGGAAGAGAUAAUGGUACUCAAGUAAUUUACAGGAAAAAAGAACAUUUAGCUAUUUACCAUAAAAUGAUUUAAAAAAUGUCAAUAAUUAUAUAGCCAUAUACAGUACAAAUAUUGUUUGUAGUAAUCAGGUUGUUUGAUAGGAUACUUUUGUAAUCAUCAUCAUCAUAAUCAUCUUCACUUUCAUAAACACUAUCAUCAUCAAAGUCAUUAUCAUCAUCAUCAUCAUUAUUAUCGUCAUCAUCAUCAUUAUCAUCAUCAUCAUUAUUUAUCAUCAUCAUUAUCAUCAUCAUACUGCCUCAGAUAAAUCAUGUGGUGGGAUCCCUGUGUCUCUAGAGAUUGCUGGCCAGGAUCCCACAAGAUCACAUGGGAGAACCUUCGGGAGCAAUGACAGAUUAUUCCCUCCCUCCCCCUAUGUUUAAAUCCCAUCAUAUGUUUCAUAUAAAGGCCCCCCUUCCCCAACCCUCUGGAAUGUCACCUCCUUGUUUUAGUCCACCUCUGUACUCAUGUGUUCAUAUUAUAAUUAUUAGGUAUAGAACUACUCAAGUGUAUUGUGAAAUGACACUCAAUAGAACUUUACACUAGUUUUGUUUACCAAAACAUACUUGACGAGUUUAAACUCAUAUUAAAAUUGUCCUAAAACGUUCAAGAACUCUAUAGUAAUAGGAUUCUUGUAGCAAAACCUCGGCCUGAAAUAUCAACAUAUCACAAAAGAAAAAUUCAAAAGGUAUAAAUUCAUUAUAAGGGAACUUUUUUCGUAUCUGUACGUUUUAGAAAUUAUUUGAAAUAAAAUAUUAAUGUUUUUAUAGUUUUUUAUAGCAAAAA